ACUCAGAGACUGAACAAGAGCUUUGGCAAAGACUUUUGCUAUAGAUUGGCUUGACCUGGGAUUAACCGGGGAAUCUUGACUAGAACAAAGAUGAAUUCUGAAGAUUGUUCCAUAACAGAGAACAGCUCCUUGCGUCCAGAGGGUGGACAACAAAUUUCUUCAUUAAUGAACAAGGCCCAUAAUCAGAGCGGAAGUAUGCUGUUGGGGGAGUGUUUUGUCACCUAGGUGAUAAAUCAAACUGUAAUGCCGCCAGCCCUCGUUUUGCAAUGCAGCAUGAAGGGUCCCUUCAAGUUCCUAUCCCAUGUGCUGUCGUGAAUGUGGUCCUCAUCACUGUUUUAAUCAUAGCUCUCAUCGCUAUAUCAGUGGGCCAAUACAAUUGUCCAGGCCAAUAUAUGUCCCCAUUGCCAUCAAAUAGCCAUGUUUCUUCAUGCUCCGACGAUUGGAUUGGAUACCAGAAGAAAUGUUAUUUUAUUUCCACUGAAAAGAGGGGUUGGACGCCGGCCCAAAACUUUUGCUAUGAACAGGGUGCUACUCUUGCGUUCAUUGAUUCUGAAAAGGACAUGAGCUUUUUAAAACAAUAUGUGGGUAUAACUAAUCAUUGGAUUGGGCUGAAAACUGAAGAUGGUCAGACAUGGAAAUGGUCAGAUGGCAAAGAAUUUAACAACUGGUUCAGCCUCCCAGGAUCUGAGAACUGUGCAUUUCUGAAUAGUACAGGGGUCAGCAGCACAGCAUGUGGAAAGAAUUUAUAUUCGAUAUGUAGCAAACCCGCUAAAUAAUGAGGAAACAUAUUUGCUUUUAGACUAUUAUAACAUGGAACUCAAGGAAAUUUGUGUUGAUCGAUGCUGCUCUAUGGUCAGAAAUUUUCCACAAAGACUUUCUGAAAAAACUUUGUCUUAUUUUGGAAACCUUCUUCCAAACAAGACUAUGGGAAAAAAGGAAGAGAAAUUCCAGGAAUAUCUGUAUUGUGGAACACUCUUGCCAUGAGCUGAAAAAGUCACAGGUUGACUGAUCGUUACAUCCAAGAAUGAGAAGAACGACUUUAAACCUUAUGGAUGCACUUUAUAUUUUUUAGAAUUAAAAAUAAUAAAAUAACUAGGCUUAGAGUUAUUAUUUAUUGUUGAAUGACUACCAAAACUGAGUGUGCUUCAUGUAUUUGCACUAUUUGAAAACGUUAGGUGGCGGUAUUAAAAACUGAAUGUAAACAAAAAAUUUUAACUGGUAGCAUGGACAUUUAGUCUAAAUGCAUUUUUUUUAAGUCAGAGAACAUGUAUAAGUGGACAAAUGCUUAUGAAGCUAAGCUUUGUAAUAUUUCUCUCUUUUUAGAGAAGUUUGCCAGGUGACUUUGUCAUUUUCCCACCAAAAGAGUGGGAUGAUCAUGUAUUUAUAUUGUUGUUGUUUUUACUUCUUCUGUGUAAUUCAUCUUUUUCAAUGUUACAUAAUUCACUGUCUUAAGAAUCUUACACGUAGCAUUUUACAGAGAUACGGACAAAAACAAAUAUGAGGAAUAUUUGUGAAACAGAUGAAGUAUUGGAAAAUGUGCAAUAUGUGAUGUGGCAAAUUCCUAUCAAGAAAACUUCUGUAUUGUUCAAACUUGGAAUAAUAAUAGUCUUAUCUGACUAUAUGUGUGUACCUUUCCUAAUCAAUUCUAUCAUGUGCAAUGCUUCUUAUGAAGUAUUUUCUGAGUGCAAUAGUGUUUCUUUGUUUGUCUUUUGUAUUCAGUGCCCUUAUAAGCUGAUUUUAUGUAUGUUAAAAUAAAAGUAGA